UUCUCCCCUACUUGAUCACCUUCUAAAAAUCUCUCGAACUCACACAAACAUUAGGAUUGCUCGACAUAACUGGUUCACACGGAUUCUCGAUCGGUAGAGAGAGGGAAAGAGAGAGAAAGAUGGAUUUUGAGCUGAGAAGAGCGAGGGAGAAGCUGGAGAGAGAACAGAAGGAGAGAAAAGAAAGGGCAAGGUUGAAACUCGAAAGAGAGAGAAAUGCAAAAGAAGAAGCUAGGAAACAACGAGAGGCCAUUGAAGCUGUUCAGAGAUCUCGAAGGCUUGAUGCGAUCGAAGCACAGCUCAAGGCUGAACAGCAAAGGGAAGAAAGUUUACUUGCUGGGGGAGGAAUAAUGUUUUACCGUAUCUUGCAAGCUGUACCAUUCCAAGCUAAUGGUGAUAAGAUCAAAUUGCCACCUUCCUGCUUCACGGAAUUGUCUGAUCAAGGUGCUUUCGAUAAGGGACCUAUAUACUUCCAACUGUCAAUAGUUCAUCAAGAGAGUUCAUCGGAUAAGGAAGGUGAUGAGAAGAAAGAUUGCAGGACCACCCACUCAGGUGUUUUGGAAUUUACUGCUGAUGAAGAUUCUGUUGGGCUUCCUCCUCAUGUAUGGAAUAAUCUGUUUGCUGAUGAUGGUGCAAGUGCACCAUUGGUUGAAGUUCGUUAUGUUCGACUGCCUAAAGGGACUUACGCGAAACUUCAACCUGAUGGAAUUGGCUUCUCAGAUCUUCCCAAUCAUAAAGCUAUCCUUGAAACAAUUCUUCGGCAGCAUGCAACACUUUCUCAAGAUGAUAUGCUUACUGUCAAUUAUGGGCAGCUUAGUUACAAAUUAAGGGUUCUUGAGUUGAAACCUUCUCCAAGCAUUUCUGUUUUGGAAACUGAUAUUGAGGUGGAUAUCGUCAAUCCUGAUGUGAGUCCUGACAGAUCAAAUGAGCAUGUUUUGAGACCACUUCCACUUGGCAAAUCAGAAUCUGGGCUAGUUGAGGAAGGAAAGUUUAUGUACUACAAGUUCUCAAUAGAUGAUGAUACUUCAGAAAAAAUUGCUUUGGGAAAUUUUAGAAUUGAGGUGAAGGUAGAAGUGGAGAAGGCUGGUGGAGAUACUGAUCUUUAUAUAUCCAGACAUCCACUUCUAUUCCCAACUCGACAUCAGCAUGAAUGGUCUUCUCAUGAUGUGGGUUCAAAGACUUUGAUCCUUGGCUCUAAAGAUAAGAGUCUGAGUGCAGGUACUUACAGCAUUGGUGUUUAUGGCUUCAAUGGAACAACGAAGUAUCAUGUAUCAGUGAAUCUUCUGGAAAACAAUGACCAUAAGGUGGGCCAACAUGCUUCGUCUUCAUCACCUAUGGAGGUUGAUACUGUGGAGUGUAGGAAUUGCAAACGUUCUAUACCCAGUAGGAGUAUAGCACUUCAUGAAGCUUAUUGUAGCAGGCAUAACGUGAUUUGCCAGCAUGCUGGUUGUGGAGUAGUUCUUAGGGUUCAGGAGGCUAGAAAUCAUGUUCAUUGUGAUAAAUGUGGGCAAGCUUUUCAUGAAGAGGAGAUGGAGAAGCACGUCAAGGUGUUUCAUGAGCCACUUAGUUGUGGUUGUGGAGUAGUCCUUGAGAAGGAAAAGAUGGUACAACAUCAAGCCUCCGAGUGUCCCUUACGACUAAUUACAUGUCGGUUUUGUGGGGAUAUGGUCCAAGCUGGUACCUCAGCUGUGGAUGUUCGUGACAGGCUGAGAGGACUAUCCGAGCAUGAGAGUGUAUGUGGAUCAAGGACAGCUCCUUGUGACUCCUGCGGACGUUCUGUAAUGUUGAAGGACAUGGACAUCCACCACAUUGCUGUGCAUCAAAAGAGCUAGUGCUGAGUGAACAUUCCUGGCUAGCACCAAGGUGAAAUUGGGGCUACUGUCUGUUCCCUCUUGUAUUGUUAAUCCAAACACAGUCUGCUACGGUGGAGAUCCAUGCCUGAGAUAAGGAAGCAAAUACAAUUUGUUUUUAGAGAAAGUAUCGUAGCUCAUCGGAUGGUGUUGUCCGUGCAUGUCAAAAAAUGCAAUAUAGAAAUACUGGCCUUGAUGUACAUAUAAUGGAUGUUAUUUCUUCAAUUCUAUAUUUUAUAAAUGUAUUUUACAAAAUGUACUCUCCUUAUAUGAACAAUUUUUUUUCUUACAAUAA